UAUUUUAGAUCGGUUCUUCAAUAAUGAAGGUCGAGCUUUGUUUGAUUUUUCGCCUACGGGUACAAGUGUCAAGCAGCAAGAAGAACUCUGUCUGGGGCCUGUACGCAUAUCGAGAUCACGAAACAUAACUUGUUUUCAAGAUAGUAUCACUGGAAGCGUUGUGAAUAUAAAUAAUGAAACAUGUAUUAAUAACUAUUGGUUCUUCUGGUUCUGAACAUAUAAACCGCAAUAUGAUUCCAAAUGGAGCCAUGGUGAUGAAAGUAGAUUUAACAGAAGGAUUUAUAGAAUCGGAGUUGGCCGUAAGGCGACCACAAAGAAUUAAUGGGAACUUAGACAAAAGCAGUCAAACAAUUCUCCAUAUUAAUGAAUCGGAAAACAUCAUGGCUGUGAAUGGAUCCAUCACAGAUUGCAAAAUCAACAUUAACAACAGAAAAAGAGUUAAUAAUUACUUUUCAGUUGAAAAUACACCAUCAUUAGGUACUGAACUCCAAAACAGAUUUCCGAUAGACAAAAGACCACCAGGGGAUUCUAAAGGAUUAUCUCCAGGGUCUUCGUCUAUUUCGAAAUCGGAAAACGUUUUUUAUGUUCAGAAAAAUAUCAACAGCAGCACAAUCAGCAUUGAUAACACAGAAGAAGUCCACCACUAUGCUCUUUCCAAAGAUGGACAACCUUUCGAAGUUUCACUGACACUUGAUCAACUAUCAGUGGGCAACCUCUCCAUUGUAGAGAACCAGAAGUCUUAGAUGUAUUCAUCUGCCUUACAGGAAGAUUUAUACUUGAAGACCGACAAACGGAUCUGACAGGAAAGGACGCUGAUAGAUUCAACUUUUUAUUUGUUACAGAAGACUUCAUAUUAUAUUUACAUACCAAAUGUCUAGAUUUUAUAAAAUAGUGAUACAGCACUUUAAAGGCAUACUGUCACGGAUUUAAGGACCUUAUUUCUCUAAAAAUGGAUAAUAAAUAAAAAUUA